AUGAAGCUCUCAUAUCGUCUAUCAUCACUGGUACGCAAGUCUAUUGCGUCUGCACCCGACACCUUUGGGAUCGCAAUUAUGACAGUAUGGCCUGAAGCCGACGGCCGUCCUCGUACGAUUUCUUCUCUCCAGCUUAAGUCAGAAUGGGUUAUCUGCGAGAUACAAGGCCAUGAUGGCUGGGAAGAGUGCAUGCAGACGGUUCAGUACAACACUUGCACUGGGUUGCUUCUCGUCGACAACCGUCCCCUUGGAAAACUUCCCAAGCCGCCUGAACAUACAGAAGUCCUCACGGAACUUUUCGGUGAGCAGGCUUUGCUUACUCACCCUUCGGACAUGCCUGGCAUGGACUACACACUGACUGUCAAACAUCGUGGGUAUCGCAUCGAUAUUGGUUACGAUAGCAGUUCCAUUGUCAUUCGGGCAACUAAAGGACAGCAGUACCUCCAGUUUAUACACAGAAGCAAGUUCAAAUCGCGAGACGCAUGGGAUCUGCCCGGCCCUCUUUUGAAUGAUUGCGUUCACUGGCUUGACCCACGCAGUGGAAAAGUACUCAUCAUCCCGAAUGCCGACAAAUGGAAGAUUGGCCACCACUACUGGAUACUCGAUAUUCAGAAUCGCAGCUGCACGAACCAAAGCUCUCGGCUUGUCGACACGUAUAGUCCCUUGUUCAAGCGCGUCGCUCGCAUUUUUAGCGGCUUUGAAGAACGGAUGCACCUCCUUGUGUUCCAGCCGCACACAGGACAUUUGAGCGUAGAGAUACGCCGGCUACAACUUCUUUUCUAUGUCAAUGCCCGCCGCUUGCUCGAGUCACCUCAAUUGGGCUCUGAGAUUGACUUAGAUCAAGAUGCAGGCACAUGGUACGGCCUCGAAAGCAAGCUGGUUUUGCGGAACCCACGCGAUAUCCAGCAGAGAAGCAUAUUGACACCAAUUGGUCCAGUGGAAGCAAAACAAAUCGAUAACAACAUGCUUGUGAGAAUGCUUCCCAGUGGAAGGUAUGGCAAAUUUGUCAUCAACAGACAUCUCGGGCGGAUCGAGUCAGCUCCAGAGCCGAUGCUUCUCUACAUGAAAGCACAAUUACACGCAUACACGUCUUCGGCGUUCCCGGACCCUCUCACUGAACGGACUGGCACUGAAGAGGCAUUACAAUGGCUAAACUCUGGGAUCUGUCAACCCUGGUCUCCCCUUCACAGUGGACCGGUCACAGUACUACUCAAGAUCGCGCAGCUCACUCCACAGCAUGAGUAUUAUCCGACCGAUCUCAAAGUCAUGAAAAUGGAUCGCUGGGACGUGAGCUUGACCGAAGGUGUACAGCAUGAAAUGUUCAGGCCCGUUGUGAAACAGAUUUUGUCGAUUUCGGCAGAGCUCCAAUCCUUUGCACUCGUG